AAAUAGAAAAUAUGACAGAUUACGUUUAUGCUACUCCACCAUUAUGUUUCUAUUAUGUUUUUAAUACAUUGCUCCUAUUAUUAAUUAUUGCUAUUAAUGGAUUAUGGCGUAUCUAUCCCCAUCACGAGUGCAUCCCCAUUGAGUCCAGCAGCCCUGCUAUUGCUUUUUUUUUGUGAAGGUUGUACUACGCCUUGCAGGCCACACAUUAACCUUUCAUUUUAUCAAGAGAACGUUCAACCUUUCUCUUCUAUGAUUCCUUCUACUUCCUACUUUCUUCCUUCGGAGCAUCACUACCAUUUAAUCUUGUUUACCUUCGUUCUUUCCUUCUUUUGUUUGCAUAUACAUGCCAACAUCCCACACUGCCUCACCAAACACAGCUGGAGAAGAACGGAGAAGUUUCAUUUGACGGUCACAGAGUUGGCUUUUUUUUUUUUUUUUUUCUUUAGUUUAUUGACUGUGUGAAUUGCGAUUGUUUACUUGACACAGCAGGUCAGGCGUCU